CCUGAGAGGGGGUGAGCUGACACUGUCCCAGCUGCCACCUAACUUGGAGCUCCAUCCAAAGCCCCAGGGAAGACAUCCCAGCCAUGGCCAUGCAGAAAAUCUUUGCCCGGGAAAUCUUGGACUCCAGGGGUAACCCCACGGUGGAGGUUGACCUGUACACUGCCAAGGGUCGAUUCCGAGCAGCUGUGCCCAGUGGAGCUUCCACAGGUAUCUAUGAAGCUCUGGAACUGAGAGAUGGAGACAAAUCACGAUAUCUGGGGAAAGGAGUGCUAAAGGCUGUGGAGCACAUCAAUAAGACUCUAGGCCCUGCUCUCCUGGAAAAGAAAUUAAGUGUUGUGGAUCAAGAAAAGGUUGACAAAUUUAUGAUUGAGCUGGAUGGGACUGAGAAUAAGUCCAAGUUUGGGGCCAAUGCCAUCCUGGGUGUGUCCUUGGCUGUGUGUAAGGCAGGAGCAGCGGAGAAGGGCGUCCCGCUCUACCGACACAUUGCAGAUCUUGCAGGGAACCCUGACCUCGUACUCCCAGUGCCUGCCUUCAAUGUGAUCAAUGGGGGCUCCCAUGCUGGAAACAAGCUGGCCAUGCAGGAGUUCAUGAUUCUGCCUGUGGGAGCCAGCUCCUUCAAGGAAGCCAUGCGCAUUGGUGCUGAGGUCUAUCACCACCUCAAGGGGGUCAUCAAGUCCAAGUAUGGGAAGGAUGCCACUAAUGUAGGGGAUGAGGGCGGCUUUGCACCCAACAUCUUGGAGAACAAUGAAGCCCUGGAGCUGCUGAAGACGGCCAUCCAGGCAGCUGGUUAUCCAGACAAGGUGGUGAUUGGCAUGGAUGUGGCAGCAUCUGAAUUCUAUCGCAAUGGGAAGUAUGACCUUGACUUCAAAUCACCUGAUGACCCCGCCCGGCACAUCACAGGGGAGAAGCUUGGGGAACUUUACAAGAGCUUCAUCAAAAAUUAUCCUGUGGUCUCUAUUGAGGACCCCUUUGACCAGGAUGACUGGGCCACAUGGACCUCAUUCCUCUCGGGGGUGAACAUCCAGAUCGUGGGGGAUGACCUCACAGUCACCAACCCCAAGAGGAUUGCCCAGGCUGUUGAGAAGAAGGCCUGCAACUGCCUGCUGCUGAAAGUCAAUCAGAUCGGCUCGGUGACUGAAUCCAUCCAGGCCUGCAAACUGGCUCAGUCUAACGGCUGGGGGGUGAUGGUGAGCCACCGUUCUGGGGAGACUGAGGACACAUUCAUUGCUGACCUCGUGGUGGGACUCUGCACAGGACAGAUCAAGACUGGUGCCCCUUGCCGUUCAGAACGUUUGGCCAAAUACAACCAACUCAUGAGGAUUGAGGAGGCUCUUGGGGACAAGGCUGUCUUUGCUGGACGAAAGUUCCGUAACCCAAAGGCCAAGUGAAAAGCUGGAGACCCAAGGAACCCACUGGACAGACCCAGGCCUUCAAGCCCUUUUCCCACAAAUAAACACUGGUGCCAAAGUAGA